CAUAUUAAACAAAGGAUAGAAGAGUCACAUUACGCAAAUUUUAAUCCACGAGCCACAGCGUCUAUUGGCAUUUUUUAUUUCCGUUUUUGCUGUUCUUCUCUUCGAGGCGGGAGAGUUUAUAUCUAUCGACUUUCUCUUAAAAUUAUAAAGAAAAUGGGGCAGUCCAAAACGAAGCUUAACAUUAUCAUCUGUGGGCUCGACAACAGCGGAAAAACCACGAUUGUCAAUCAGCUGAAGCCGCAGGAUCAGCGAACGGAGAAUAUCACCGCUACCGUUGGAUACAACAUGGAUAAGUUUUCCUUAGACAAAGUUAAAUUCACCGCCUUUGAUAUGGGUGGAGCGAGAAAAUUUCGAGCGCUAUGGGAGAGCUAUUAUAGUAGUGUGCAGGGUAUCGUCUUCGUGAUUGAUAGCAGCGAUGCACUUCGGUUGUGUGUGGUAAAAGAUGAGAUUAGUCAGAUGGUGGAGCACCCUGAAAUUGCAAACAAGAAGCUGCCGUUUUUGUUUUUUGCGAACAAAAUGGAUGUUAAGAAUUCUAAAGCCCCUGUGGAUCUCAUUCAAGCAUUAGAGCUUCAGGACCUUAUGACGAAUCAUUCCUUUAAUAUUUUUGCAUCGAAUGCGCUAACAGGGUCGGGAUUAACCGAGGGCAUCACGUGGCUGCAAGAUGUAAUGUUAAAGAGGAAUUCAAAGAAAAAAGAGGGUUCUUGA